AACGAGAAAAUGGCCCGCAAGAAGAUCAGAGAAUAUGAUUCGAAAAGAUUGUUGAAAGAACACUUUAAGAGGCUUGCUGGUUAUGAUUUGGCCAUCAAAUCUGCUCAGAUUACAGAGUCAACUGAUUUGAAUGAGCUUGUAGAGAAAGAGCCAUGGCUUUCUUCAACACAAUUGGUGGUAAAGCCUGAUAUGUUAUUUGGGAAGCGUGGAAAAAGCGGGCUAGUUGCCUUGAAUCUUGAUCUGGCUCAAGUUGCUUCUUUUGUGAAGGAACGGUUAGGCAAAGAGGUUGAGAUGAGUGGAUGCAAAGGGCCUAUCACAACCAUCAUCGUUGAACCAUUUGUACCCCACAAUGAGGAGUUUUACCUUAAUAUUGUUUCGGAGAGACUUGGUUGUAGUGUUAGCUUUUCUGAAUGUGGAGGAAUAGAUAUUGAAGAGAACUGGGACAAGGUUAAGACAAUCUUUGUGCCAACGGGGACAUCUUUUACAUCAGAGAUUUGUGCACCACUUGUUGCUACUCUACCACUGGAGAUUAAAGGUGUAAUUGAGGAGUUCCUCAAAGUGGUUUAUACUUUGUUUCAAGAUCUGGACUUUACUUUCCUGGAGAUGAAUCCUUUCACAUUGGUCGAAGGAAAGCCUUAUCCACUGGAUAUGAGGGGAGAGCUUGAUGACACUGCUGCUUUUAAGAACUUCAAAAAGUGGGGAAAUGUUGAAUUUCCAUUGCCAUUUGGAAGAGUGAUGAGUGCUACGGAGAGCUUUAUUCAUGGGCUAGAUGAAAAGACAAGUGCAUCUUUGAAGUUCACGGUCUUGAACCCCAAGGGACGUAUUUGGACGAUGGUUGCUGGUGGAGGUGCCAGUGUCAUCUAUGCAGAUACUGUCGGUGAUCUUGGAUAUGCUUCUGAGCUCGGGAAUUAUGCCGAAUACAGCGGUGCUCCAAAUGAAGAAGAGGUCUUGCAGUAUGCCAGAAUUGUAAUUGAUUGUGCAACCGCAGAUCCUGAUGGCCGUAAGAGAGCCCUUGUGAUAGGUGGGGGAAUAGCCAACUUUACUGAUGUUGCUGCUACAUUUAGUGGUAUAAUUCGAGCUCUGAAGGAGAAGGAAUCAAAGCUUAAAGCUGCAAGAAUGCACAUAUAUGUCAGAAGAGGUGGUCCAAACUACCAAAAGGGUCUCGCAAAAAUGCGGUCUCUUGGGGAGGAAAUCGGCAUCCCAAUUGAGGUAUAUGGACCUGAGGAAACCAUGACUGGCAUCUGCAAACAGGCUAUUGAGUGCAUCACUGCAGCUGCAUAAAGCAACCAACUCUGCAUUCUCCAAGCUUAAAUUGUUUUGGUUUACUUUUUAGCUUUGUGUUAGCAUAAUGUUGUUUGUGUCUGAUGUAAAAGAGAGUGCUUUGUACUUGAGACAUUUUACAUUAGCAAAUGGGCUCUAAUAAUAAUCUCUACAUAUACAGCUUC